UCUCAGCCCAAAGCUUCGCUCAGGCACAGCCCAUUCCGGAGGAGAGGGGGACACACUGCUCUGUACUUCGCCGUGUCCAUGUUGUUGUCAUCUCCGCCCCUAUCUGAUUAAACCACAGCCCGCCUUGCCUGCGCUCCACUCCGUCAGAGGAGAAGGAUUCUUUUUCGGCCACAGAUUCCUGAGCCGGACCCGUGGAGACUUCAGCUACUCUUUUUUUGUUUUCCUCAUGAUGUCCUAUAAACGCAAACAGUGACCCGGUUUGAGUCAAUGUUGCCGCGACUGGUGCGCUCUGCACACGCCUGGGUCAUGCUCUGCACCUGACCGCCCUUCUGCGAGACUUUUGAGUUUAGACUUGAGCAGGAGGAAAAACUUAGCAUCGCCACGAGAAGUUGUCCACCGCUGCGGACUCUUCGCACACGGACUGUUGUAAACGCCAAAUUAUAAAUUCUUGCUUCUUUUUUUUUUUUUUUUACCUUUAAAGCUGCAUCACAGAGGCGAAACGGCGACCUCAGUCGAUUACCUUUCUUUCCUUUGCUAUCCAAUGGAUAUUCACUGCAAAGCGGACCCCUUCUCGGCGAUGCACCUGUCCCACGCAGGGCACGGCGGUGUGAACCAGCUCGGCGGGGUGUUUGUGAACGGCAGACCCCUCCCGGACGUGGUGAGGCAGCGGAUCGUGGAGCUGGCCCACCAGGGCGUGCGUCCCUGCGACAUCUCCAGACAGCUACGGGUCAGUCACGGCUGUGUCAGCAAAAUCCUCGGCAGCUAUCAGAAGGCAUUUCAGAGGUACUAUGAAACCGGCAGUAUUAAACCCGGAGUCAUUGGUGGCUCCAAACCAAAGGUUGCGACUCCGAAAGUGGUGGAUAAAAUUGCUGACUAUAAGCGCCAGAAUCCAACCAUGUUCGCUUGGGAGAUAAGGGACCGACUACUGGCUGAGGGCGUCUGCGACAACGACACAGUCCCCAGCGUUUCAUCCAUCAACAGGAUUAUCCGCACCAAAGUCCAGCAGCAAUUCCACCCGUCCCCUGACGGAUCUGUUACGCCUCUGUCCACGCCCGGCCACACCAUAGUGCCCAGCACAGCCUCGCCCCCUGUGACCAGCGCCUCCAACGAUCCCGUAGGAUCCUACUCCAUCAACGGCAUUCUGGGUAUCCCCCGCUCCAACGGCGAGAAGAGGAAACGAGACGAUGUUCUCUGGACUGGCAACCACAUGGACGGAAGGAAAAUAGGACAUUAUGGCUCUGAUGGCUCAGGUCCGGGCAGCGACUCUCAGGGCAGUGUGGAGAGUUUAAGGAAGCACCUGCGAGCAGACGCCUUCACCCAGCAGCAGCUGGAGGCCCUGGACCGUGUGUUUGAACGUCCCUCUUACCCUGAUGUCUUCCCCACUUCAGAACACAUCAAACCUGAACAGGCGAAUGAGUACUCACACCCAUCCCUGAACGCUGGAAUAGAUGACGUGAAGCCGAGCCUUUCCAGCAGCGACCGCUCCGACCUCGCCUCCAGUGUCUCCCAGAGCUACUCUGUUGUGACAGGUCGAGACAUGGCCAGUACCACCUUACCUGGCUACCCGCCUCAUGUCCCGCCCACAGGACAAGGCAGCUACCCCACCUCCACACUCGCUGGAAUGGUCCCUGGAGGGGACUUUUCUGGAAACCCUUACUCUCAUCCACAAUACACCACUUACAACGAAGCGUGGCGGUUCAGCAAUCCAGCAUUACUAAGUUCCCCUUAUUAUUAUAGUGCCGCAUCCCGUGGCUCCGCACCUCCCACUGCUGCCUACGACCGCCACUAGUUACCAUGGAAACCAGUUCAAACUGCAGGCCCUGGGCUUCGGCCUCCAUAUUGUCCCCGUCUGAGAAACACUGAGGUCAAAGGGAAGCGAGGUGGAAUCGUAAAGGAAACCCUAUUAUGUUACGCGAUGUGGAGGAGGGAUCGGCGAGGUCGACGCCGGUGCAUCCAGCCCGGCUUUCAGCGUCACACACACUUUGGGUCAAAAGGGCCCGCGGGCGUUCAGAACUCACCCAUCAUGCCCUCACUCUCUCAAAGGCCGGAACAUUUCCAAAAUGACUUUAAGAGAUUAUAUAAAUAUAUAUAUUAUAAAAUAUAAAUUGAAGAAAAACAGUGUGAAGAAUACCAUGUGGAAAAAAAAUGUUGUGGGUUUUUAUUUUUGUUUCUUUGUUGCUGUUGUUGUUAUUUUAUUCAUGGAUCCUCACAUUCCUUUUAUGUGAUGAACUGCAGUAUUUUUCUGCUCUAAAGAGAGAAGUCCAGGGGAGAUGACAACGGUCCCAUAGCUUGACGAUGCAGCGACUUGAAUCAGUGUUGCGAGGCCCCUUUGACACCUAAUGAGAUCCUGGCUCCACUACAUUAUCAGAUAAACACAGCAUGUCCUACAACGUUUACCGACCCUAUAUAGACCAAUGGCAACAUCACACUCCCUGUGGCAAACAAUCAGAUGUAAAAAUGUAAAUCAUUUUGCAAAGUAUUAAAAACAUGGUGACCACGUAAUGGCCUCGCCAGAAUUUUAAAUACUUUAAAUUAUUUUUUUCCUGUCACUGUUGUUUUAUGUAAAAAAGGCUAUCAAAGAUUCCUUCAGAGUAGUUGUCACGUUUCCCUCCUUUUCCAGUCAUGUCCAUGUCCAUGCAUGAUCGUCCUUUGCUCUUUUUUUGCACUAAAACCUCAGCUUAUUUAAUUUAUUUGGUACAUUCACUUAAAAUUAAGUUUAAUAACCUACCAAUUUUAAAGACAAGUUGAUACUAUUUAUGUUGGAUAGUGUAAGUGUAAAAACAGAAGCCAGACAGACAGAAACAUAUUUUUCUGAGUAAAAGUGAUGCUUUGAAGUUUCUGAGGAGUUUGUAAGCCAUAGCCCUAUGGCUACAUGAACAAAUUCAAUUCUCCUGGGUUACAAUCCAUUCAGCUACUUAGUCAUACCACUAGAUGCCUACACAGUUUAGAAAGCUGUACGCAGUUGAGCGAACCAACUGUAAAUUAGCUUCAACAAUUGCCUUACAAACCUGUUUUUUCAACGUAAAUUCAUGCCUGUUCAACUAAAUUAAUUGCCUUUACAGACACAUCUUCACCACCCUCCUUGAUUUACGUUCUGCUCUCCACUGGGACUGAUAGGAAAUACUGAUUCAGUUUGCUUUUUGGAAAAAUAUUUUGUGAAUGUACUUUUAAUUACAUCUGCCAAAGACUUAGUUUGAUAUUUAAUAUUUUAUUUACAGUAUAUGUAUGCAUAAAUAAAGCAGUAUUAUCUUUUAAAUAAGUAGUCAACACUGAUCCUGUACUUCAUGACUUUUUAACAGGCGAACAACAUGAUGCAUAAUGACUGUAAUGAAAAAGGUGAAAUUCAGUGACUCAAUACUCCAUCGGUUGCAACGAAAUGCUGCUUUGUAGAAUGAUUUGUGAAUAAUGUGAAGACAAUUCUUCUCUGUAAAUAAUAUCACACACACCAUUGCAGUAUCAUACUAAUGUACUGGCUCCCUUUGUAGAUAUACAGACUGAAGAAAACGUGCAUUACAUUUGUGUCGUAAUGUAAUGUUGUGCUCUGAGGAAAGGCACAACUACUGUAUAACCUGCGGCUACAUAUGCUGUAGUAGCAGGUUUCAGAUGCUAACGUCACAUAGGUUGUCUUUGUCAUUUUAUUUUGUUUUCAUGAUAAUGUCAUGAUGAUGUUUUAUGUCACUAUGCAAUGAGUUAAAUGGCUUUCUGUAUCAUCUUUUGUUGUUGGAUUUAGAUUAAGUAAUCCCCAUGGAGAACAGCAUACAAGGUAACAAAUACAAAAGACCUCCAGUGUGAAAUGGCUUCUCUCUCAUUUCACUUUUGCUCCACAAAUUCCCUUAAAAGAAGAUGUGAUCAAACUGAAGUCAUUGGCAACAAUCAAAGAUAUUGUCCUGUUUGCUGUUAGUAGAUGUUGUGAUCAUUAUGUUAAUCCAAAUUACAGUCAUCCGUGCCUCCAUGUAUAGAAACACAUCCUCACGUAUUACCCAUCUCUACUCCCUCCUUCCACUCUCUCUACCAAUACAACUCUUUUAGCGUAAGGCAUCCAAGAUGAAGUUUACUUUAAUUCCACACGAGCAAAUACAUCAUCUGGUACCAGGGUUAACUGUUGCUGAGGGCAUCAGAUAACAGGAAACAGACUGCAGUCCUGCUCUUCAGGAGAAGCUAUCCUCUACCAAUUGCACUUGGGAUUUGCCUAUUUCUGUCUACAUGUAGCUCCACAUAUCCGAAAAUGAAACACUGGCGCAGAGUGCGAGCCACCGCCGUUCAGGCGAAGUCUUUGCUUAAGGAAACAGAGCACCUCUGAAGGAACGGGUCUUCCGCUGUUGUAAAGAUGAUACAGGAGACGUGUCAUGGACAUAAAAAGGAUUUCUGAUGAAAAUCUAUACGGAAAGCCUUGUGGCCUCAAUCAUUGUUCUGUUUCAGUUCUGUUCCAAUUCUUUUUGUGCACAUGAGAAAUAAAUUCUUUUAUAUGUCAGUCGUCGACUCUGUGUCC